CCUAUUAAAAAAUGGCUCUUACUUGUUCCGAUAUCUUUAAAUUCUUCUUUGCUGUUGUCCUUCCUCCUCUUGGUGUCUUCUUUGAAAGAGGCUGUGGAUGUGAUUUCUUCAUCAAUAUUGCCUUGACCUGUCUUGGUUAUAUUCCCGGAAUCAUUCAUGCUUUCUAUAUUAUUCUGAAAUAUUAAUCCAUCCAUUCAACACUCCAAAAAAAAAAAAAUAUCCUUGUAAUAUAAAUAUACUCUCUUAAUAUUAUGUAUCAUUCGCUAUACAUUCAUGUAAACACACUUUUCUACCAUUCAAUAAAAUCAGCUUGUUUAUUCAAGACAA